GACCGCGCAGUCCUGUAUUUCCUCCACUCAUUCUCAACAACCAAACCCGCGAUGGUAGAAGACGACGCCAGCAUUGUCCAGCGUGCACUCGACGCUGCAGCAUUGCCCGCGACGGUCGAUCCGAUCGCCCUCGAGUACGCAAUGGGCGUGCUCGUGCAAGGGUGGGCUGAUUUCGCCGGUUCCACGGUGGACGAGGACACCAGCAUGCUGUUGGACUGCAUCGGGCCGCACUUUGCAGGUGCAUUCAAUGGCGACGACCACGACCCAGCGCUUGAAGCUGCGUGCAAGGCGAUUGUGACGAGCCUGCACGCAGCCCAGCAGGAGCGCGCGAGACAGACCGCAAGCGUCAUUCUUCCCACGCUGCCAAAGCGCGCGGACGCCCCCGUCGAGCAGGCCGUUGUCGUUGGCGUGGCUCCAUCGAGCAGUGCGACCAAGCCCAGUGACCCUGUGGAUGCAGCUGUCCAGCCAGACACGCGGGCAGACAAGGAGCAUGGCGACGAGGACGACAACGAGGAGGGCAACUCCGACAACUCCAGCUCGGAAACGGAGGAAGCCGCUGCAUCGCACGCCAGCCACACGGACGCAUUCGCACUUGAAGCAGACCCGGAGCCGGAUCUCGAGGAGAUGGCGCACGCAGCCUGCAUGACGCGCGGCCGAUUUCCGCCUGGCGAGUCGCGCGACGUCAAUCUGAGCAACUUGGUGCUGGCUCAAGGACCGCGUGAUUUGCUGGUCAAUGCCACGCUCAAGCUCUUUUACAACCAUCGCUAUGGGCUCGUUGGGCGCAACGGUGUUGGGAAAUCGACCCUCAUGAAGCGGAUUGCCAUGUACAAGAUUGCUGGGUUUCCAAAGCACCUCCGUACGUUCUAUGUGAGCGCCGAAGCACCUGGAUCAGCCAAGACGGCACUCGAGUUUGUAUUAGCUGCGGAUAGCGAGCGUGCAGCGUUGCUGCGAGAAGAGGCCGGCUUGACCAGGGCAGAGAGCGGCCAAGAGUCCAACCCGGAGCGUCUCGUGGAAAUCUACGCGCGUCUGCAAGAGAUUGAUGCCGACUCUGCCACCCAGCGUGCGCUGGUUAUUCUCAACGGGCUUGGCUUUGAUGAUGUCAAGCUGGCGCUUCCGACUUCCCAGCUGUCAGGCGGCUGGCGCAUGCGGCUGUCUCUUGCGUGUGCUCUCUUUCUUCAUCCUGACAUCCUUCUCCUGGACGAGCCUGAGGCGCAUCUUGAUGCGGCUGGCCAGCACUGGCUGCAGAACUUUCUCAGCGAGUACUCUGGCUGUGUUGUCGUCGUGUCUCACAGCGCGCCGUUUCUGACGGCAGUGACGACCGAUAUUCUGCACUUCCACCACCGCAAGCUGGACCACUAUCCAUGCGACUACCCUGCAUUUGUGCAAGCUCGCGAGGACAAGCAGAAAAAGCAAAUCCAUCUGCAGACGGAUCUUGACCGGCGACGACAGCAACUCACAGAGUCCAUGCGCAAGAUGGAGGCCAAGGCCGCCGGCAAUGCGCGCGACCAAAAGCGUCUCCAGCAGGUCGCAUCCCGCAAGAAGAAACUCAAUCGCAUGGGCUUUGAAAAGACCGCUGAUGGCCGCAAGUUCAACUCGCAGCUCCACGGCAUUCGCGAGGGUGCCAUCAACGCCAACACGGGUGGCUGGAAGGGCGGCAAACGCUCGGCUGCCUCCACGGUGCUGUACGACGAACCCAGCAUUCGCUUUCAGUUUGAGGCCGCCACUGCCAUUGGGGCACCAGAUACUGCGCUUAUUCAAUUGCAAAAUGUCGGGUUUGGCUUUGCCACCGCCGAAGCGAGCUCAACUGCAGCGGCUGCAACAACGCCGAAGCUUCUCUUUAGCAAGGUGACCUUGGAGAUUUUUGCUUCCACGCGCCUCGCCCUGCUGGGCUUGAAUGGCCAAGGCAAAAGUACGCUGUUGAAACUGAUUGGUGGUCUGCUCGAGCCUGUCCAAGGCCAAAUUGUUCGCCAUCGCCAAGCGUGCAUCAUGCACUUCAACCAACACCACGUUGAUCAGCUGAAUCUAGACCAGUCACCUGUUCAGCACCUGUUUGGGCUUUGGCUGGCUCAUCGUGACGCGACUCGCGCCAACACGAUGGGGCUGUCUGGUUCCACCACACCACAAGAGCGACAGAUGCUGUUUGAGCACGAAGAGCAGAACAUUCGGCGCCAACUGGGCCAUUUUGGCAUUGGUAGCCCGACGGCGUACCAACGUAUUGCCACGUUGAGUGGCGGUCAACGUACCCGUGUUGCGCUUGCAUGCCUGACCUUCCUUGCCUCGCCGCACGUGCUUCUGCUCGACGAAGUGACCAAUUGUCUCGAUAUCGAGUCCAUCGAGUCGCUGCAGAACGCGCUCCAAAAGUUCCAAGGGGCGGUGGUGCUUGUUUCUCACCACGGUCCGUUUGUUGACGCAGUGUGCACUGACUUGCGUGUCGUGGAGCGAGGUCGGUUGUCCAAGCUUGACGGGGUGAGUGCCGUUCAGUAUAUGGCAGAUUUGGACGAUAGCUGAAAGCUGCUGUUUGUUGUUGUCAAAGCAAUCAACCCCCCCCCCCCCCGGCCUCCGUUCCUUUCAAAAAUGUCGUUUCGAACAAGCACAACUUGACUUUCAAACACCAACUAGCAUCCACAAAAACAUAAACG